AUGUUGAUUGAAUAUCUGUUUGAGUGCAGUGAUAUGGAGGUUAUUCCAAAAUCUUUAAUGAAAGCUCUUUCACUGGUCAACACACGGAAUGUAGAUCAUAAGGUAUUUCCAAGGGAAGCAGUUGAGCAAGAGACGAAGUGUAUAUUAAAUGUGAGUGCUCAAGUGAAGGAAAUAUUUUGGCAAUAUAUUCCAGAUAAUGAUGCUUACAUGGAAGACAGUGAUGAUGAUGAUGGUGAGAAUUGUAGUUUAUUUGAUAACGAGGAAUUUGUUAAUAGAGAUAGUAGACUCCAAAACAUAAAGCUUCAAGCCACAUAG